AUGUUGACUGCCAAAAUAGGUAAAAUUGGCAAAGUGCUUAUAUGUGGUAUGAAAGGUGUUGGCAAAACGGCAUUGUUGGAGCAACUAAUUUAUGGGAAUGUCAAUAUGGAUACGGAAUUACAUCCCACUAUAGAAGAUAUAUAUGUUGCUAGUGUGGAUACAGGACGCGGUGGAGCACGUGAGACUCUUCGAAUUUACGACAGCGCAGGACUACAGGGAAAGGGACAACUGCCACGCCACUAUCUUUAUUUUCCAGAUGGUUAUGUACUGGUGUAUGAUCCAACAGAUCCUAGUAGUUUAGAUAUGUUAGCAGAUAUUAAAACCGAUAUCGAUCGUAAUAAGGAGAAAAAAGAUAAUGUAGCAAUAAUCGUUUUGGCUAAUAUGCGUGCACGCAGCAGACGUGAUUCACCGGCAUCGCCAUCCAUUCAAGUAACGCAGCCACAAUCACAGCAACAGCAACCCGAUCCAGUGGAGUCUGUAUUGAAUCGUGCAAAUAGUUGGUGCGCACGUGAACGUAUUAAACAUUACACUGUAAAUGCCAUGGAACGUCCAUCUUUGUAUGAACCAUUUAUAUCAUUGUGCGCUCGUUUACAUCCGCCACCGACAAAGAGCAGUUUCCCACAAUUGCGUCAGGUAAUGCAGAAAACUCAGAAAAAUGAUAGCUAGGACGGGGAAUCGGAUGGCGGUGGUGAUAAUAUGCUAUGGUGUAUUACAGGCUGCCAGCGUACCGGCAGUGGUGGUGAUGGCCAGUAAGUUAUUAUACAACAUAAUAGCAGUAUCGAAAUUGUAUUAAAACUGUUUAAAAAUUAAUAUUGCAUAUUACAGUAAUCUUGACUUUUACUACUUACUAUAAUUAGUACUUAAAUAAAUUAUGUAUAAAAUUUCUUCAUACGAAAUUAUGGCUGUUAAAUUAAUUAGCA